AGUAAAGCGAGUGCGGGGCCGGGGAGCGCUGAGUGCUGCUCUGCCGUGCUGCGCGUUCCUGUGCCGGGGCAGCGAGCGAGCGCGGGAAGAUGUCGGGUCGCGGGAAGCAGGGCGGCAAGGCGCGCGCCAAGGCCAAGUCGCGCUCGUCGCGGGCCGGGCUGCAGUUCCCCGUGGGCCGCGUGCACCGGCUGCUGCGCAAGGGCAACUACGCGGAGCGCGUGGGCGCCGGCGCGCCGGUGUACCUGGCGGCCGUGCUGGAGUACCUGACGGCCGAGAUCCUGGAGCUGGCGGGCAACGCGGCCCGCGACAACAAGAAGACGCGCAUCAUCCCCCGCCACCUGCAGCUCGCCAUCCGCAACGACGAGGAGCUCAACAAGCUGCUGGGCAAGGUGACCAUCGCGCAGGGCGGCGUGCUGCCCAACAUCCAGGCCGUGCUGCUGCCCAAGAAGACCGACAGCCACAAGGCCAAAGCCAAGUGAACCUGUAAGGCUAAAGCGGCGCAUUUGCUUUCCUGGAAAAAACCCAAAGGCUCUUUUCAGAGCCACCCA